AUGCCCGAUACUGCUGGAAAAGCUCUAGGCCGCAAGAGAAAGCGUGGGGAAGACCCUGAGGAGGUCGCAUCGUCGUUAUCCGAGACGAGAUAUCCGCGUCGCUGCCGCGCGCGCGUAGGCUCCGGUAACUCUAGCUCUGGUACACUAUAUACCAGUCUACCUGCCCCCGUGCCCCUCUCCCCAUCUCUCUCUCCCUCCGUAUGUUCCCGUCCCUACUCCACUAGCAUUCCUUCAGCCAUUUAUCCGGCCGACGGCGCGGUCGAUUCUCACGAGGAACCUCUCGCUCUUUCAAACCAUGAUGCGAGACUCGCCGAUGAGGUUCUGCAACUCAUCGAUUCGGGAAAGUCUGCGUUCGCUCUGUUCACUCGUUCGAAGGAGAUAGAGCACAUUGAGCGCGCCAUGGAUGCGCAGCAACGGGCUGUAGACCUGUUGCAUGAGGAUCAUCCUCGGAGACUCGAACUACUUCAUGAUUUGAACCGGUUCGCACAGGCGCGCUUUGUGCGCCAGAUAGCGAAACUUGAGCAUAGGGAUAUGGAGCGCCUGGUAGUAAUUCGUGGACGUAUUGCUGAACUUCCCUCGAAGGGAGCGUCAGAGCGCGUUGUGCUGAGGCUGAUACAGUUCGCGACUUCUCUGUGGUCUCAGUUUGGUCGGUUUGGUCGACUGGAGGACCUACAGGAUGCCAUCAUUCUAGAAAAGCGUGUGCUCGGACUCACACCCGAAGAUCAUACUGAGUGGCCUGAACGGCUCAGAAAUCUCGCCAUAUCUCUGCAUACCCGAUACGAACGUCUCGGCGAGCUGAAGGACCUCGAGGACGCGAUCGCCACCAAAAGACUGGUCCUUGAUCUCACGCCCGAGGAUCAUUCCGAGCGGCCUGAGCGGCUCAGAAACCUCGCCAUAUCUCAGAAAACCCGCUUUCUACGUCUCGGAGACCUGAGAGACCUCGAGAAUGCCAUCGCUGCACACAGACUGGUCCUUGAUCUCACGCCCGAAGACCAUGCCAAGCGGCCUGAACGGCUCAGGAGCCUCGCCAUCUCUCUGCAUACCCGAUACGAACGUCUCGGCGAGCUUAAGGAUCUGGAGAACACAAUCACCACAGAGAGACUGGUCCUCGACCUCACGCCCGAGGAUCAUUCCGAGCGGCCUGAACGACUCAGAGGCCUCGCCAUCUCUCUGAAGACGCGCUUCGAACGUCUCGGCGAACUGAAGAACCUCGAGGACGCAAUCGCCGCACACAGACUCGUUCUCGAUCUCACGCCCGAGAAUCAUUCCGAGCGGCCUCGACGGCUCAGAGCCCUCGCCAUCUCUCUGCAUACCCGAUACAAACGUCUCGGCGAGCUGGGGGACCUCGAGGAUGCAAUCGCCGCACACAGACUCGUCCUCGAUCUCACGCCCGAGAAUCAUUCCGAGCGGCCUGAGCGGCUCAGGAGCCUUGCCAUCUCUCUGCAUACCCGAUACGGACGUCUCGGCGAGCUUAAGGAUCUGGAGAACACAAUCGCCACAGAGAGACUGGUCCUCGACCUCACGCCCGAGGAUCAUUCCGAGCGGCCUGAACGGCUCGGAGGCCUCGCCAUCUCUCUACAUACCCGAUACGAACGUCUCGGUGGGCUGAAGGACCUCGAGGACACCAUCGCCACAAACAGGCUGGUCCUCGACCUCACGCCCGAGGACCAUUCCAGGCGGCCUAAACGGCUCAGGAGCCUCGCCAUCUCUCUACAUACCCGAUACAAACGUCUCGGGGAGCUGAAGGACCUCGAGGACGCUAUCGUCGCACACAGACUCGUUCUCGAUCUCACGCCCGAGGAUCAUGCGAAGCGGGCUGAACGGCUCAGAGACCUCGCCAUAUCUCUGAAGACCCGCUUCGAACGUCUCGGCGAGCUGAAGGACGUCGAAGACGCCAUCGCUGCAAACGAACUGGUUCUCGGCCUCACACCUGAGGGUCACCUAGACAGUGUCAAACGAUUGUACGAUACGGGCCUUGCCCUAAAGCUCCGCUUCAUACGAAUGCAAAGCAAGGUGAACUUUGACUCUGCCUUGGUAUAUUUCAUGAAGGCAACAUCACUUUCGCUGGGACCGCCGUCAAUACGCUUGGAUUCUGCACUUGAAUGCAUAUCCCUCUUAUCCGAGUACCCCGAAUUUGGUUCGACGGAGUCAUUACUUGAUGCGCAUGCGCAUAUCAUUCGAAUCUUUCCUGAGAUCGUGUGGCUGGGUCAUGGAAUCGACCGCCGACUGGAGGAGUCUGCUAGAUUGGGAAACAUGGUGAACGCUGCCGUCGCUGCAUUCAUUGAGUCCCGCUCGAGAUACCAGGCCAUAGAGUGGAUGGAAAUCGGCAGGUCACUCGUCUGGUCACAACUGCUAUCCUUGCGCGAGCCUCUUGACGCACUGAAGGAGAAGCACCCGCGACUGGCAGCGGAUCUCGAGAAGGUUUCAUUGGAGCUUCAGCACUCGACGAACGAGUCUCGUUCAACAUCGCGCAAUCCCCAUGGCUCGGAUAGUCAGAUGCACGACGCGGCGAACGCAUUGCAUAGCAUCAACAAUGCGAUUUGGACAAAUAUCACUGCUGUUACUGCGGAAGACAAUCAUCGAGCGCUCGCGAUUCAAUACGACGAUCUAUUGAAGGAAGUAAGGAGGAAGGAUGGUUUCCAGAACUUCUUGCGUUCCCCGAGCCUCAUCAGCCGUAUGUCAGACAUCGAGGGUCUAGACGGGCCAGUCGUCUUCAUCAACGUACACACUGCGUGUGAUGCGUUAGCGCUUUCCCCAACUGGUUCCGUCAGACACGUACCACUUCCCGGUCUGACCGUUGAUGGCGCUCGCAACUUGCGUUCUGCAUGGGGCAAAGUCCUUCAGUCGCGCACCGUGCGUGGAGUCAUUUCGGUGGAUGGACUUCUCUCGCUCGGACGUGCGAAUAUCUUCGAGAUCGUCCUAUGGAAGAUAUGGACCUGGAUCGUGCGACCCGUCCUUCAAGCCUUGAACUUUAUGGACAGACCUUCGGAAGGUCACCUGCCGCAUAUCACUUGGUGUCCUACUGGGCCUGUUACUCAGUUGCCACUUCACGCCGCUGGGGUCUACGACCCGACGCAUCCUACGAGAUCACAACGCGCCUUCGACUAUGUCGUAUCUACCUACACCCCUUCCCUUUCUGCUCUCUUGCGCUCUCGAAAGGAUCUGAGCACAGCGUCGAACGACGAGCCCAAAGUUCUGGUCGUCGCACAACCUGAAACUCCGUAUCACACAUCUCUCCCUCACACACGUCACGAACAUGAGCGGCUGGGAGCAGUCCUGUCUGGGUCUGAGCCUACUGCAUUGAUCGGGGCAGAUGGGACUGUAGAGCGUACCGUCACCGAGAUGCGCAGUCACUCCUGGGUUCACUUUGCCUGCCACGGCUAUCAGAGGGCGAAGGAUCCGCUUCAAAGUGCUUUCGCACUCGACGAUGGGCCGCUGACAUUGUUGAAGUUGAUGGGGACAACAGCGAAAGACGCCGAGCUUGCCUUCCUUUCUGCUUGCCAGACCGCGGUCGGGGACGAGAACAAUCCUGAGGAGUCGAUGCAUCUCGCGGCGGGUAUGCUUGCUGUCGGAUUCAAAGGUGUCGUGGCGACGAUGUGGUCGAUCGAGGACAGGGACGCGCCAAUCAUCGUCGAGGCGUACUACAAGAAGCUCCUAGAGCUCCGGAGAACGGGCGCUGUCGCGAAGGGAUGCACGAGUGCAGCAUACGCGCUGCACGAGGCGGCGCGGGUCUUGAGAGAGCACGUCGGUGAGCGGAACUUUGUGAGAUGGGCUCCCUUCGUGCAUUUCGGGGUGUAG